GUUCGGUUGCGCAGUUUUUUACUACGUGUAGAAGGUGUUUAGUUUUAGCUUCUUGUCAAACGUAGUCUUUUCUGAUUGGCCAAAGUACCGAGUACCAGGCCCUCUCCUUGAACUUACAUCUUCUAACACUUCCAAAAUGGCGCACGAAGUCGGUCUGUUUUCUUUAUUGUCAUUUCUUUUUAUACUCGCUUUAGUUGUGGCUGCUCCACCAAAAAAAAAACCCACUGAUGGUAGUGGCCCAGCAUUAAAUCUUAAUGCUCCCCUAAAUAGAAAUAUCCAACAAGGUGGUGAAAAUGGUGGCCAUAACCAGCCCAAAAAUGAAGGGUCAGACACUGGAGCUCAUCAAGUUAAUCUAGAUCAAGCUGGUGGAAAUGCUGGUCAUGAUCACCUUGCUAACAAAGUCCACAAGCAGCCAGAGAAAACUAAUAUCAACAGACAGGAAGAUAAAAGGCCCCAUAAAAGACCCAAAGAGAAAGAUUUGAAUGCUGGCGUGAUCCAGCUUGGUGAACACCCAGACUGUGCAGAUGAUGUCCAAAGACUUUGUCACGAAGUGCCCAAGGGUAACAACUUUGCCAUAUUGGUCUGCAUUCAGGAUAAAGCAGUGGAGGAUGAAAUUUCAAAUGAGUGUCAUAAUCUUCUUUGGCAUUACAAGAAAAACCUAACCUGCGAUGAGAGAUUUGAAAAAGCUGCCCAGCAGAUGUGUGCAUCAGAUCUUCAAAGGCUUCCAUAUUGCCAAAGUCAGCUUGAGAAAUAUCCUGGUCAAGGAAAACUGGUGCCUUGUCUUCUCGAACAUCGCCAGAACGUCACUGAUACUCGCUGUAAGCACAUGAUGACCAAGAUGCAGGCUAUCGUCUUCAGCAAUUAUCAUCUUAUUGAUGGCUUCUUCAAGGAAUGCCAGGCAGACGUUGAGAGAACAAAAUGUGGAAGAAUAGAAGAAAAAGAAGAAGACGAGGAUGUGCAUACCCAGAAUGCAGUUAUUGAAUGCCUUGAGAAGCAUGUUGAAGACAAGCAGGUUCAACUAAGUCCAAAGUGCAAAAAACAAAUCUACAGGAUGGCGGAGCUGUCUGCAGAUGACUACCAUCUGGACAGACCACUGUACUAUGCUUGUCGGGAUGACCGGGAAAAGUUCUGUUUGGAAACUCCCGCGGGAGAGGGUAGGGUCUACAAGUGCCUGGCAAAACACAAGUUUGAAAAGAUGAUGUCGCCAGAGUGUCAGGAGAUGCUGACAGUGCGCCAGCAGAUAGUCUCCCAUGAUGUCAAGGCUGACUAUGGACUACUGACAUCAUGCCAGAAAGACUUCUUAAAAUACAAGGAUCAAUACCACUGUGACGAGGCCGCGGAAGGCAAGACAAUGCAUGGAGGAUUGGCGGUCAUGAUACUUUGCCUGGAAAAGGCAAUUACUGAUGGGAAUAAAGUUAGUGAGAAGUGCCAGUCGGAGCUAUUUGAGACACGUCAACAGCUAAUGGAAGACUACUCCAUUAAUCCUGAGAUCGUGUCUGAGUGUGACCAAGAGAUCGAUCAACAUUGCAAACACGGGACAGAGAAAGAGGGCAAAACUCUUGACUGCCUGAUGCGGCUUGCAGAGGAGGGCGAGGGCAAAAUCCGCGCCCGCUGCACUAAGGCCUUACAUAACCUGGUCAAAGAGACAGGAGCAGGAGGUGACUACCGUAUAGACCACACUCUGUAUAUGGCUUGUGAACCUGUGGUACAAACAGCAUGCAAAGACAAGGGCAAGAAAGAAGGAGAUGUCAUGGUGUUGUCUUGCCUGAUGGAGCACCUGAAUACUGACGCCAUGAAUCACGAGUGCCGUGAGCAGCUUCUUCACCUACAGUUCUUUAUUGCAAGAGACUUCAGCCUAGAUCCUGCAUUGUACAAAGCUUGCAAGAACGAUGCCCAUAAUGUCUGCCAUGCCAAGUCUUUCUCCGAAGAUUCUGAUGAAGUUCCCAAUGGCAUGAUCGUUUCUUGUCUGUACAGAAACUCAUUUGAAGGGAGCCCGAGCAAAAUAUCUGAUGACUGCUCCUCGCAUGUACGCCGUGUGAUGCAUCAGCGCGCCCUAGAUGUUCACCUCAUUCCAGAGGUUCAGGAGGGAUGUAUGAGGGACUUAGGGCAACACUGCAGUGCUAAUAUUGAGAAAGGACAGGAAGUGGAGUGCUUGCAGACGAAUCUUGAAAAGCUAUCAGAAAAAUGCCGAGCUGUGAUUCGUAAUUUCACAGAACAGGAAGGAGAGGAUUAUCAACUGGACCAGACAUUAGUGCGUAUGUGUUCAGCGAUGGUGCCAAAAUUCUGCGAGGAAGUGAUCACUAAAGGUGACAGCGAGGGUGUAUUGCCAUGCCUAAUAGAACACAAGAAUGACGUAGGCAUGGAUGACAAAUGCAGGGCUUCUAUUCAUCAUUGGCAACUGAUCGAGAUGAAGGACUUUACAUUCUCGUCCAAGUUCAAAAAAGCAUGUAGGAAAGAUGUAGAAAAACACUGUCCAAAUGCGGAAACAAAACAUGCUGUCGUGAAAUGCUUAAGUGAAAAAGUUAGAAAUGCAGUCAUCAAUGAUAAAAGUCAUGUAAUCUCCGAGAAAUGCCGUGGUGAAUUGCGGAUUGCUGAGACUGAGGAGGGAGAGAACAUCAAAUUCAACCCUGAGCUCUAUGGCGCAUGCAACGUGGACGUGGAGACUCACUGUAAGGGUAUCAAGGAGGGACAAGCCCAGGUUCUUGAAUGCCUCAAGGACAACUUUGACAUUUUGACCACAGAAUGUCAGAAACAGCUGUUUGCCAAAGAGGAAACGGAAGUGGAAGAUCCUGAGAUUGACUUCCAGCUUAUCAAGAGCUGUCAGUCCACCAUUCAGCAUCUGUGCUCUGAUGUUGAUCCUAAAGACUUGCUCAGAUGUCUGGAGAAGCACAAACGCAACCCACAAAUGACUAAAAAGUGUCGCGAAAUCGUUUUAAAGAGACAGAAAAAACAAUACGAAGAUUACAAACUCGACCCUGAGCUACAAAGUGCGUGUAAACGAGAGAUCAAGAAGUUCUGCUUUAACCACAUCACUAAGGAUAUAAGCCAACGAGAUGGUGAAAUGGUGAACUGUCUCAAGAAACAGCUCCCGAAGGAAAAUCUUGGUCAAAGCUGUGAGAUGUACAUUCGCACCGUCAUACAUGAAGAAGCUAUGGAUUAUCGCCUAGAUCCUAAGCUAUCAAAAGCUUGCAAGGAUGAGGUUAGCCAGUAUUGCCAGCACAUCGAGCCCGGGCAUGGAAAGGUUGAAGAAUGUUUGCGAAACAAGCUUGAAAAACUCAAAAAGGAUGGAAAGUGCUACGUGGAGGUAAUUCGGACAAUGCGUGAAGGCAAAACCGACGUCUACGCUGACCCUGUGUUGUUCGAUGCUUGUAUAAACGACAUAAAGCACUUAUGCGAGGAUGUCGACCCAGGCCACGGACGGGUGAUGAACUGUCUGAUCGGCGUCAAGGCAAGCAAGAAAAACAGGCUCAGUAACAAGUGUAAUUUACAGCUCAAAGCUCGCCUCAUAAUGUGGGACUAUGCCAAUAUCCAAUCACCAGAGUCGUUCAGCGAUCUAGCUGCCGCCAUCACCCUGUCGCCGUCCAAGAAUUACUUCUUCAUGGUCUUCGCCAUCGCCCUCUCCUUGAUCUUUGUCGGGGGUCUAGUUUUCGGUAGAAUUUCCAAGAGAGUCAAAAGAGAAAUCAAGGAUCGUUGAGAUUUGACAAGCUCGUAAUAGGAAUUUGGAGUUAUCUCAAACCUAAUUCUUUUUAGAAUUCGCAAUCUCUGAGGCGCACCAUCAAGCGCAGAUAAUGGACAUGUCGGCCUUGAGUCAGAAGAAAGAUGUAACGCAAUGACGUCCCUCCAGUCUUGGAAAAGAGAGGUGUAUUAUUGUGAAUAGUUCAGAGGAGGGGGGGGAGGGGGGGGGCAAGUAGCUCUACAAAUCGCUGUGAGGUUUUCAUUGUUUGCAAUUAUCAAAGCUGACGUCUGUUUUGUAUCAUGAACUUCGAUUUUCAUUAUUCUGCGAACUCUCGUUAACUGCUUAUUCGCUUUCUGGCUUCUGUCGUUUUAACUAACGAAAAUACAUUUGGUGCUUUUCGAUUGUCCAGCGCAUUGCGGGCAAGUGCCGUGAUUGGAAGCCAUUUUGUACUGGCCAAUGAAAACGCAUCGGAGAUGCGAAGGAAUUAGGAACGUCCGCUAUAAUUCGCAUAAUAUUAAGCGAUUGUUUUAUUUUCAUUAAAUAUGACUCAGGGAGGGGGGAUACGUUUAAAUUUAACCUAAGUAACAUUGUACAAUUUGGACAUAAAGUCCGUAGAUCCGACUUGACGGCCAUGUGCUUAUCUGUCUCUUGGUUUAUAUGAACCUGCUGUUAAAUGAACUUUAUGGUGUGUUACGUUUUACGUGAUCCACUUGGCAUAUUAUUAAAGUAGUGCAAGGUCAUGCCCCCCUUGGCCUGGUUCCUCUGUAUCGAGGCCUGGUUCCUCUGUAUCGAGGCCAGGUUCCUCUGUAUCUAGGCCUGGUUCCUCUGUAUCGAGGCCUGGUUUUUCUGUAUCGAGGGUUCCUCUGUAUCGAGGCCUGGUUCCUCUGUAUUAAGGCUUGGUUCCUCUGUAUCGAGGCCUGGUUCCUCUGUAUCGGGGCCUGGUUCCUCUGUAUCGAGGCCUGGUUCCUCUGUUUCGAGGCCUGGUUUUUCUGUAUCGAUGGUUCCUCUGUACCGAGCCCUGGUUCCUCUGUAUUAAGGCUUGGUUCCUCUGUAUCGAGGCCUGGUUCCUCUGUAUCGGGGCCUGGUUCCUCUGUAUCGAUGCCUGGUUUCUCUGUAUCGAGGCCUGGUUCCUCUGUAUUAAGACCUGGUUUCUCUGUAUCGAGGCCUGGUUCCUCUGUAUCGAGGCCUGGUUUCUCUGUAUCGGGGCCUGGUAGCUACCCCUCUAUAAACGUACUAAUGUAAACUAUUCGGAAUCGAACAAAUAAACUGUCUUCUAUAUUUCA